AGCACUUCUGUUAUUUGUCGUUACCGGUUUUUUUUUCUUCUUAAUGGUGUUGAACCAAACAAAAACGAUGAGCUGUGCACCGCUCCGACACUCUGCUCAGGCGCGGCGCGCCAGGGAACUGCUCGCCGCAUGUACGCGCCGCGUUCUCUUCCUGCUGGUAUGUCUUUUACUGUUUUCCCUCGCAUGGGAUCGCUACAGCGCAGAUGGCACGCACGGGCUCGUAGCGGCGCCUCGCUGGAGUGGCUUCAUCCAGUCCGCCUUGGCAGCCGAAGAGUCUGCUGAUCUUCCCGAGGUGGAGGUCGCGACUCCUGUCAGUGACGAGGCACUGCAGGAUGCACACCCGGAGGCGCCGCUGGACCGGCGGGCGGACUUCCAUGACGAAGCCGCGGCUGAGGAGGCAGUGGUGGCAGGAAAAGUGGCCGACCCCGUCCACGCAACUCGCGACUUUGACGGUGUCUCAGAUGAUGAGCUGAAGGCGCUGCUGUCCGACAAAAAGAAAGGUCAAGUGAACUUCAAGCACUACAAAGACCGCGCAGACCUCAUCAAAGCCAUUCGCGAGGUGGAGGAGAAAGAGAUAGCACAGAAGGCGUUUCGCGACGAGGUCGCGGCGGCAGCCCGCUGGUUCGCGGAGACGCAGGAGGAUUUGAACUACCAACGCGCCGCCGCCCGCCGGACAAAGGGGAGUCGCAUCAAGCACAACGGCGAAGUUCCCGCCUCCCUGCGUCGUGGCCACCACACCGAUGCGCCGGCGCACAAGCUGCGCGUUCUCUAUAGCGCAGCCAGAGGCCACGGCGAGCGGUUCACCGCGUUGGUGAAAGACCUGGAGAGCUCGGAGGCGGUGAAGUUGCCGAAUCUGGACGCCUUUCGUAUUGUCGGCGAGCCGUACCCGAUCAGCAAUGAGAGCGUUCUGCUGGGACAGGUGUUUCAGGUUUUGUUCUACGGCGUGAUGGCGCUCGCUAUUAUGCCGGAUUUGUUGCCGUUUAUUCCGGAAGCUGUACGGAAUAUUCUGCGCACACGUCGCGGUCUCGUCAUCAGCACGGCGUUUAUGCUGAACAUGCUCAGUCGAUCGCUGCUGCAGAACAACGCCUUUGAGGUCUACCUUGACGAUGAGCUCAUUUACUCGACGCUGAAGUUCGGUGGUCGCUUGCCGACCUCGGAGAUGGUGAGCAACAUGCUUCUGGAACGUACUCUCUUGAAGGACUACGCUGCCGCCAUGAGUGGACAGGCAGCAAAAGGCGCAGCAGCACUCCUCUAA